AUGCUGCUCUCACCGGAUCAAUUUUCAAGACUCAGCGAAUAUGCGGCCUGUAAGUUCAUUUUCCCAAAUUUUCAGAUUUUCCGUCUGAAAAUAUGCAAAAAAUUUGAAUUUUCACAGAUUCGCGCCGAAAAUUGAAGGAUAUGUUGAGCGAUUUUCAAGCGGACGGCAAAUUUUAUGCGUAUUUAUCGAAUGACGGACAGGUAGGUCAAAAAAAGAUUACUGUAGAUUACUGUAGAUUUUUUGGCGCGAAAAUUUUGAAUGAUUUCUAGUCUAUUGCACUUUCAGCUCAAAAUUGACUGACGUCAAACUUUUUUUUUUGCGAUUUUUCUCCACUAAUCCGUAACUAAUCUAAUAUUUUUUUUUGAAAAAAAAAAUUUUAAAGGGACAGCGAUUUUUUUUUGCAGACUAUUAACUUCGAUGGAUUUCGAGCUUUUAUUUUGGAUUUGUUUGGAACUGAUUUGCCGUCAGAUUUGGUUGAUCAAUUGUUUUUGUCGUUUUCAAAACCGCCGACGAAAGGUGAGAAAAUCUAGAUGUCAAGGGUUGGAUGCUUGAGAGCGAUAUGCACCUCAAGCAGCGACGCCUUGACAGCUAGUAUUAGUUGUCAAGGGUCGGCUGCUUGGAAACAAGAUGCACCUCAAGCAGCGAUGCCUUGACAGCUAGUUUGAGUUAUCAAGGGUUGGCUGCUUGAGAGCGAUAUGCACCUCAAGCAGCGAAGCCUUGACAGCUAGUAUUAGUUGUCAAGGGUUGGCUGCUUGGAAACAAGAUGCACCUCAAGCAGCGAUGCCUUGACAGCUAGUUUGAGUUAUCAAGGGUUGGCUGCUUGAGAGCGAUAUGCACCUCAAGCAGCGAAGCCUUGACAGCUAGUAUUAGUUGUCAAGGGUUGGCUGCUUGGAAACAAGAUGCACCUCAAGCAGCGAUGCCUUGACAGCUAGUUUGAGUUAUCAAGGGUUGGCUGCUUGGAAACAAGAUGCACCUCAAGCAGCGAUGCCUUGACAGCUAGUUUGAGUUAUCAAGGGUUGGCUGCUUGGAAACAAGAUGCACCUCAAGCAGCGACGCCUUGACAGCUAGUUUGAGUUAUCAAGGGUUGGCUGCUUGGAAACAAGAUGCACCUCAAGCAGCGAUGCCUUGACAGCUAGUUUGAGUUAUCAAGGGUUGGCUGCUUGGAAACAAGAUGCACCUCAAGCAGCGACGCCUUGACAGCUAGUUUUCAAGGGUUGGCUGCUUGAGAGCAAUAUGCACCUCAAGCAGCGAAGCCUUGUCAGCUAGUUGUCAAGGGUUGGCUGCUUGAGAGCAAUAUGCACCUCAAGCAGCGAUGCCUUGACAGCUAGUUUUAGUUGUCAAGGGUUGGAUGCUUGAGAGCAAUAUGCACCUCAACCAGCGAAGCCUUGACAGCGUUGUCAAGGGCUGGCCGCUUGAGGGUACAUAUGCCAAGCGACGAUGCCUUUUCGAGCUUCCUAAAAGCUUCCGCUUCGCGGAAGCUCGCGGAAGCUUGCGGAAAACCAAAAAUUUUUCACAGAACGUCGAACCUCCCUCUUCGAAGAUGCGAUUCAUACAGUCAAAGCGAAAUUCAGCGAAUCUUUGUCGGGUCGAAUGGAACGUCUAAAUCUCUCAAGUUGUCCGCCAUCAAGUUCUUCCGGAGCGCAAAAUUCCGACAGAAGCGGACAUCAAAACGGAUGCGGAAACGAGCAAUUGGUGUGUAUUCCGGAAGAUGGAACAUUGACAUUGGUCGAGAAUUCGCUGCAUCAGGGAACUUUUUUGUUUCCAGGUGAGGGUUUCAGCACAAAAUUUCAGCCCAGAAAGGUAUUUUUCUACAGUAUUCUGGUUGAUCCAUUUUUUUCGGAAUUUCUGGCACAAUUUUCUACAGUACCUUUUCAAGUGUUUCUAGACCCAAAAUUUGUGCUGAAAAAGCUGGAAAUAUUGAUUUUCAGAUAUUUUCAGCAUUUUCACAGAUUUCAGCACAAAAUUUAACCUAGAAACAUAUUUUUCUACAGUAAUCCGGUUGAUCCAUUUUUUCGGAAUUUCUGGCACAAAUUUCUACAGUACCUUUUCAAGUGUUUCUAGACCCAAAUUUUGUGCUGAAAAAGCUGGAAAUAUUGAUUUUCAGAUAAUUUCAGCAUUUUCACAGGUUUCAGCACAAAAUUUCAGCCUAGAAAGGUAUUUUUCUACAGUAUUCUGGUUGAUCCAUUUUUUCGGAAUUUCUGGCACAAUUUUCUAGACCCAAAUUUUGUGCUGAAAAUGCUGGAAGUAUUGAUUUUCAGAUAUUUUCAGCAUUUCCACAGGUUUCAGCACAAAAUUUCAGCCUAGAUACCUAUUUUUCUACAGUAACCCCUGGUUGAUCCAUUUUUUCGGAAUUUCUGGCACAAUUUUCUACAGUACCUUUUCAAGUGUUUCUAGACCCAAAUUCUGUGCUGAAAACGCUGGAAAUAUUGAUUUUCAGACAUUUUCACCACUCUAAAAGGUUUCAGCGCAAAAUUUCAGCCCAGAAAUGUAUUUUUCUAUAGUAUUCUGGUUGAUCCAUUUUUUCGGAAUUUCUGGCACAAUUUUCUAGACCCAAAUUUUGUGCUGAAAAUGCUGGAAGUAUUGAUUUUCAGAUAUUUUCAGCAUUUCCACAGGUUUCAGCACAAAAUUUCAGCCUAGAUACCUAUUUUUCUACAGUAACCCCUGGUUGAUCCAUUUUUUCGGAAUUUCUGGCACAAUUUUCUACAGUACCUUUUCAAGUGUUUCUAGACCCAAAUUCUGUGCUGAAAACGCUGGAAAUAUUGAUUUUCAGAUAUUUUCAGCAUUUCCACAGGUUUCAGCACAAAAUUUAACCUAGAAACAUAUUUUUCUACGGUACCUUUUCAAGUGUUUCUAGACCCAAAUUUUGUGCUGAGACUCAUGGAAAUAUUGAUUUUCAGAUAUUUUCAGCAUUUUCACAGGUUUCAGCACAAAAUUUAACCUAAAAACAUAUUUUUCUACAGUAUUCUGGUUGAUCCAUUUUUUCGGAAUUUCCGGCACAAUUUUCUACAGUACCCUUUAAAGUGUUUCUAGACCCAAAUCUUGUGCUGAAAAAGCUGGAAAUAUUGAUUUCCAGAUGUGGUCGCAAUAUCUCCACCCUCUCCAGCACAUUCCUCAUCUUCGGCCACAAAUUCAACCGAACCCCGAAUUCCGCUGAAACCUCUGAUCUGCACGUUGUCUUUGCUGGAAGCCGACACUCCCGAAAAUAAAUUGGAUGUCGUUUUUCAUAUUUACGAUUCGGAUGGCAAUGGAUAUUUGGAUAAAAGUGAAAUUGACGGGAUUAUUGAGCAAAUGAUGAAUGUGGCGAGAUAUCAGCAAUGGGAUACGAUCGAAUUGGAACAGGUUGGAAAAUGCCGGGGAUUUUUUGACACCAAACAAGCCUGGGAGCAUUUUUCAAAGUUCUGGGGUACUGUAGAUUUAAAGGCGCAUCUUUUGACACCAAAUUUGUCUAGGGUUACUGUAGAAAGCCACGUGGAUUUUCCAAUAUUCACCUGGAUUACUGUAGAUUAUUUAAUGGCGCCGCAUUUUUAGACAUGCCUAAAUGGGUACUGUAGAAUCCUCUGCUACAGUACCCCCUGAAAUUUUCAGAUUCUGUGGAUUUUUGGCGCCAAAACUUACAGUAAUUCUUGAAAAAAACCCAUUUUUCAUCAAAUUUGGACUCAAAAAAUCGCAAAUUUUCACUGCCUACCGUAUCUACAGUACUCUCGAUCUACAGUACCCCCCCCCCCCAAACUACAGUACCCUUUGCAGAUCAUCCGCCAAAUGAUGGUCGACAUCGACUACGAUAACGACGGAAUCGUCUCGUUUGACGAGUGGCGACGUGGCGGUCUAACAAACAUACCGCUUUUGGUCCUGCUCGGAUUCGAUACAGUAACCCACAGUACCUACAGUACUCCACGGAAAUUAUUAUUGAUUUUUUGCAGGAGAUGAAGGAGGACGGAUCGCACGUCUGGAAAUUGCGACAUUUCUCCAAGCCGACUUAUUGUAACGCGUGUUGUAGUAUUUUGGUGGGAUGGGGUGGAAAACAGGGAUUGAGUUGCUCAUGUUAGUUUGGUUUUUCGAGAAUUUUCAGCGUUUUCACGGGUUUCAGCACAAAAUUUGAGCCUAGAAAAGUAUUUUUCUACAGUAAUCCGGUUGAUCCAUUUUUUUUGGAAUUUUCGGCACAAUUUUCUACAGUACCUUUUGAAGAGUUUCUAGACUCAAAUUUUGUGCUGAAAAUUGUGGAAAUAUUGAUUUUCAGAUGUUUUCAGCAUUUCCACAGGUUUCAGCACAAAAUUUGAGCCUAGACAGGUAUUUUUCUACAGUAAUCCGGUUGAUCCAUUUUUUUUGGAAUUUUUGGCACAAUUUUCUACAGUACCUUUUAAAGUGUUUCUAGACCCAAAUUUUGUGCUGGAAAUCAUGAAAAUGUUGAUUUUCAGAUGUUUUCAGCAUUUUCACAGGUUUCAGCACAAAAUUUGAGCCUAGAAAAGUAUUUUUCUACAGUAAUCCGGUUGAUCCAUUUUUUUUUGGAAUUUUUGGCACAAUUUUCUACAGUACCUUUUGAAGAGUUUUUAGACUCAAAUGUUGUGCUGAAAAAGCUGGAAUUAUUGAUUUUCAGAUAUUUUCAGCAUUUCCACAGGUUUCAGCACAAAAUUUGAGCCUAGAAAAGUGUUUUUCUACAGUAACCCGGUUGAUCCAUUUUUUGUGGAAUUUUUGGCACAAUUUUCUACAGUACCCUUUGAAGAGUUUCUAGACUCAAAUUUUGUGCUGAAAAUGCUGGAAAUAUUGAUUUUCCCAAAUUUUGUUUCCUUACAGUAUGCAAGUAUACGGUACAUGAGCGUUGCGUUCGUUCGGCUUCCAAUAAUUGUAUCCGCACGUACUCGUCACGUCAGCAGGACAAAUUAUAUCAUCAUUGGCAGGAUGCCAACGCGACUGCGAAAUGUGUAAAGUGCCGGACUACUGUAGGCGUGUUUCAGGGGAAAGGAUGUAGAUGGUGUCAUAAUUAUGUGAGUUUGAAGAGAUCUGCUCUCGCUGUCUGCGUCUCUCUGCGUCUCUGA